AUGACUGUAAGAGACACUGCCUACACUCCUCACGACACCCAAUCCCAUCACAAGGGGAACUUCAAAGACACCGGUCCAAUCGCAUCUGUCAUUCUGCCUCUUCGCAUGUUCCUAUUCCAGCAAAAGCCAAAAUAUGAGGCAGUGCGAAAGCAGAUGGUGAGUCUGCAGGAGAAACUAAAGAGCACCUCGGCGGACGUGGAGGAGAAGAAGAAACAAUUGAAGGGCGCGCUUUUAGCCAACAAGACAACACUCGAAAGACUUAACCGCGCUAAAAUGGAGAAUGAACGCCUGUCAAGGCGGAUCGACAGCCUUACAAACGAGAAUCAGAACCUGAAGGAGCAGUUGGAAGCGAGUAAGACGCACUACGAUGACUUCUUGACUCCUGGAAAGAUUACAGAUCUGGUGCAGGAAACAGCGGCAGCUUCGCGUGCGGUCGUUGACAGCACCCCUCAUCAACACAUGCUCUCUGCCGGCGAAUUCGAAACCAGCCCAGCGAAGAAGGCCUCGCCAUCCACGAGCAGGCUAUUCAACAUGAACCACGAGGCCUUCCAAUCCCAGGACCGCUUCCCCUCAACUAGCUAUCGAAACCCUUCAACGGAGGUGAACAAGUGGCACUUAGAUAAUCGGACCGCAGAGGUGUACGCGCAUAAGGCUGCCGAGAGGCAGAGUAGUCAGUCGGUCGGCGAAGUGAAGGCACUCAAUCUCGGGUCCCCAGUUGGCGGGGUUCCGAAAGCCACCUCGGCUGCUGCCGCUGCCCCACCCAACCAAUCACAGGGCUGCGGUUACAACCGCGUUUCCCCACGACGCACCUCAGGUGGCGAUGUGGUAGCUGCGGCCCACGUCAUGGACAGAUUGCCAACCUCCUACCGUGUAGUCAAUCCCUUACAUUCCCCUGACGGUGCAAAACUUAGACGAAUGAUCUCCGCUCAGGAAAAAAGCCCCUUCCAAAGGAUGAAUAAGGCCUGA